CUCUUUUUCUCUUGUCCGCCAUCCUAUGUGUGGUUGGAUUUGCUCCUCGUCAUGUCUUCUCACAAGACUUUCAGGAUCAAACGAUUCCUGGCCAAGAAACAAAAGCAGAAUCGUCCCAUUCCCCAGUGGAUUCGAAUGAAAACUGGUAAUAAAAUCAGGUACAACUCUAAGAGAAGACAUUGGAGAAGAACCAAGCUGGGUCUAUAAGGAGCCUCACAUAUGAAGUGGCACACAUAAUCAGAACAUCACUAGUGUCUGGAACAGCUGCCUGUGUUUGAUGCUCUCUCCUCUUUUCUUGAUCUUUCCUCACCACUGCUCACUGUGUAGCUCAGUAAUAAACCAUGUGAACCUUUAAAAAAAAAAAAAAAA